AUGAACCAGUUGAAACGGAUGCAGCGAAAAGCUGCUCUAUGGAUCACGGGUGCGUUCCGCACCUCACCUACAGGCGGUCUUGAGGCUCUAGCGGGCCUCAUCCCUGUCCAUCUUAUGCUGAAGAAGUUGGCAACGCGUACAGUGUAUCGUGUCGCCACCCUCUCGGACACCCACCCUCUUUGCUCCAUGUUGGGCGAGGGACUCCUCAAGCGAGCCGCACCACAUGCUCGCUCUGGCGCCCUGAUGACCCCAGCCAUGGCGAGGGAAAGUCAAGAGCACUGUCAUGGAAGUGGACGAGCACGUGAUCGGUUACUGGACCGCUAUGCGGACCGUCUCCACUUUGAUGAGCGCGAUCCUACCCAGGAUAGGCGUCCAUACCUAGAUGAGCUCAUCGCGAGAGCGAGGGCCAACCCACUAACAGUAUUGGCUGCAACUGAUGGCUCUGUCCCUCAGUCCAACCAGUAUCAGGCGGCUUCGGCUGCCACUAGGUCGGGGGCACUCAUUGUGAGCUUAAAUGUCUCUGGCAGAGUUACCGCCCCGGACACGGAACUCAAUGCCAUCUCAUGUGCAGUGCGUCUUGCUGUCAAGCAGGCAAAUUGCCAACAUAUUAUGGUCUUUACUGACUCUAUGGGCUCAGCCCACAGAGCGGUUGACCAUGGCGUGCAUGCUGGUCAGGCUUUUAGCCUGUCAGUUUGUCGCGUUCUUCAAGAGUGGUUUGAGGCGGAUAACCUUCGCUGCAUUACCUUCGUCUACGUCCCAUCUGCUCUGCGGUGGGAUAUCCAUGGUGAAGCACACAAAUACGUCACCGAACUUAAAGUCAGGGUUGGCUGCUGCAAGACGGACAAUUCGAUAGACACGCUCCGCUCUCAAGCUGCGCACUCAGUCUUGGAUUCGUGGGGCUCCACUUUCCAAGAUCCAACUUACCGAGGCUCUGAAUUUUUAGAGCUUCAACAGCCUGACGGGAGGCCACUACAGCCAUCGUACCUCAAUGGGGGACCUUGGCUUUCAACUUUCGGACACAGCAUCACUGAGUUCGCUCGUGUUUGCCGGUGUAUAACUGGCCACGCGCCCAUUGGAGCGUAUUACUGUCGCUUCAAGAUCAAUGAGCCUCACGGCUGCACUUGCGGGGCUGCUCUGCAGUCUCACCAGCACAUCCUCUUUCGCUGUCGCGAUCGCUACUCUGUGCAUUACCCCCGCUUUCUUGGGGACAUUGCAGCUUUUAUGAAGUACAACCCUACGGCGUUUGGCUUCACCCGAGACCCUUCGGGGGUCGGAUAA